UAUAAUUCACCAUUUCAAACCGAGAAGCUAAGAACAGAUCACAAAUGGCGAUCACCACAACUACUGGAACGACCACAACUCGAGCCUUAGCCGGAGAUAUGACGGUCGAUGAGUUCCGUCAGUGGAUUCGACGGUUUGACGUCAACGGCGAUGGCCGCAUAAGCCGAGAUGAGCUCCGCCACGCCAUCCGUAACAUCGGUGUACGGUUCAGCGGUUGGCGCAGCAACCGUUGGAUUCGCCAAGCCGACUCGAAUGGCGAUGGCUUUAUCGACGUCGAUGACGAGAUCGAUAACCUCAUCGGCUACGCGAAGGCCAAGCUUGGCCUCAAUAUCGUUGCUUACUAAGUAAAUAAUCAAGCCCUAGCUUUGUUAAUUAUCUUCUCUUUUCUUGUUAGCUCAUUUGGGCUUUUUAUUGUUGUAUGCUUGUGUGUUCUAAUAUGUGUAUGUUUGGUUUGAGAAAAUUAUUGGGCGAGUUGAUUUU